CUGAAAAACGUCAGUUGGAUGGACGAGUGAACUUUGCAUAACAGACAAAAACAAUAUUUUUUCUGAUAUCCGUAAUUAUAAUUUAGUGCUUAGCAUUAAUUUAAACAUCCAUCGUGAAAUAGUGAUCGGUUACUAUUUUCGUGCCUAUAAAUCCUAUUUAUAACUAAGUGACAGCGAUACAUAAGUCGUGUAAAGUAUUUAUGUUUCCAUCGAUUUCUGUAAUGUGAUAUUUUUAUAAUAGUGCGUACUAUCGCAAUAUGAAUCUACUCGGUUGUUUGAGUUUCUUAUGUUACCUAGUGAUAAUAUGCCGCGCUUCAGGCACCGAUAUCGCCUUGGAUGCGAAGGCUACUCUGCUUCACCGUAUAGACAGCUUGAACUUGCUGAUUUAUACCUGUCUUUUGACUCUGACGGUGCUUACUAUAUGGGUGUUCAAGCAUCGCCGAGUAAGCUGGUUGCACGAGACGGGGCUGGCCGUAAUAUACGGUCUAAUUGUAGGCGCUAUUAUUCGCUAUGCGGGUAGUACCAAUGCCGUUACAUACCUUGAUGCCCACCCUGAGCCUGAUGCCAAGUACAAUCUGUCUGUGCCACCAGACAUGAUACGAUUUCACUUUCCAGACACUAUACAUGUACCAACUGGAGAUGUUCCAAUACUAAACAAGACUUAUGCAUAUAGCUUUAGAGGUGAAAUCGUGAAGGUUGAACAAAAUGAAAUAGAUUUAAAGGCAACAUUUGACCCAGAAAUCUUUUUUAACAUUAUUUUACCACCAAUAAUAUUCCAUGCAGGAUAUUGUUUAAAAAGGAAAUAUUUCUUCCGGAACUUGGGAGCCAUACUGACAUUUGCUAUGGUGGGCACAGCCCUGUCAGCUCUAGUCAUUGGUUCACUAAUGUACGGCUGUGUUCAACUGAUGCCGGCGUCCCUAGCUUCUAGCUUUACUUUUCUUGACACCCUUUAUUUUGGUGCACUGAUUUCUCCUACGGACCCACUUACGGUGUUAGCUAUAUUUUCACAAUUGAAGGUGGAUGUAAACCUCUAUGCUAUGAUAUUUGGUGAGAGUGUUCUCAAUGAUGCAGUGGCUUUAGUACUUAGCGGAGCCAUUCAAAAUUACGAGAAGAGGUACUCAAAUGACGGUGGAUUUGAAAUCACAGCGUUUUUGGGUGCGAUCGGCGACUUCAUUGGGAUCUUCACCUUGUCUCUACUUGUGGGUGCUUUCAUAGGAUGCUUGACUGCAUUGAUAUCGAAGUUCACCCACGUGAGGGAGUGGCCGCUACUGGAGUCUGCGCUUUUUGUUCUCAUGUCCUACGCCGCCUUCCUCAUCGCCGAAGUAUGCGAGCUCACAGGCGUGGUGGCGGUAUUGUUCUGCGGUAUCUGCCAAGCGCACUACACGUACAACAACCUAUCGUCGGAGUCGCGCAACCGCACCAAGCAGCUGUUCGAGCUGCUCAACUUCUUGGCGGAAAACUUCAUAUUCACCUACAUCGGAGUCUCCAUGUUCACCUUCCCGAAGCACCACUUCGACCCGUGGUUCAUUAUAGCCGGAUUUAUAACAUCGACUCUGGGCCGCGCCGUGAACAUUUACCCUUUGUCCUUCUUGCUGAAUCUCGGCAGAAAGCCUCCCAUACCCAUGAACUUUCAACACAUGCUGUUCUUCUCAGGUCUCCGCGGCGCGAUGUCAUUCGCCCUCGCGAUCCGCAACACAGUGUCAGAGGCUCGACAAGCCAUGUUAACGACUACGUCUCUCAUCGUCAUCGCUACUGUGGUACUGCAGGGUGGCGCCGCCACGCACGCGCUCGCCUAUUUCAGGAUACCUACUGGAGAAGGCCAGAAUGACGAAAACGAAGCGCUGCCGUACCGCGACGUUAGAAGUCUGUACCAGGCCACGGAAACCGGAGGCUCGCCUGCGGACAUAGGCUUCGGCCUUCGAAAUCUGGACCCGACGCAACCGGCCAGUAGCGACCGGGCAGCAAGAGGCCGCAUGGUAGUUAAGUGGGGCAAUGGAGACAAAGGAGUGGUUAUGCCUUGGCAACUUAACUAUUACGAAGAGACAUCUCGCGCCGACGGUGGCAGCGAAAAAGCGCGUCUAGCAAAGCUGUGGGGCGCGGUAGACUCACGUCUGCUCAAGCCGCUCCUGACUCACGCUCGCCCGCCGCUGACUGAGACACUACCGACGUUCAUGAGCCCUGUGGCGCGUUGGUUCACCACCACACACCAGUACACGCAGGGGUGUCUGUACAAUUACAAAUUUGUUGUACCCGAAGAGGAUUCUGGUUUGGCUCGAAACCAGGACAGUUCUUUGCGACGGGCUGACUCCGACUCAGACUUGUGUAUUGAUGAACCGCAACCCGUACCUACCAGUAUUGAUCCUCAGCUAUCAAUUAAUGUUCGGAACGGAUUUGGGCAUGUCUAAGCUUUGUUGCGUUCGUUAGUGACCUUCGGCUGUGAUAUAAAAUGGUCUAGAUUAAAUAGAAUUUAAGUUAAUAGGAAAAAAAAUGUUUAAUUAUUGCACGCAGCAAAUGUGGCCCGGACUCGUCGACACUCGGAUCUCGGUAGAAGGUAUCACGGGGAGCAACAUCUGAGCAAGUUGAUUAUGUACAAGAAUGUAAAUGAGUGCCACAAUUGUAAUUAAUGUGAUAUCACUUUCAAGUUAAGAUGAAUUUUACUAUUCGAAAAAUUUUGCAUGUAUAAACCAAAAUAUGUAUCAAACUGCUUUUAUGUUUGCUUAGUGUAAAUUGUAGUUUUCUAUUCUAAAUUUAUACAAUUUCGAUAAGCAUAACAGAACUGAAGCCAUGUAUCGAAAAAUAAAAUCCAAGCAAUGCUAGAAAACAAUGCAAGUAUUGUCUUAAACAUGAACCCCUCCUGCUCAAUAUGUAUCAUUAUCGACCUUGCUUUCGCUAGCCACCUGCUGUGACGUUUCCGUUAGAUACGUAGGAUUUUAUUGCAGGGUGCAAUUUUAUAGCUAGUUCAAAUUUUAAUUAUGUACCUAUAUAUCGCCAGAACCUCGUAAUGUUUGUCGUUCCUUCUGGCGCUAUUUCCUAGUUUAUUAGCAUGUAUUUAUUGUCCAGUGACUGAUGUGAUUCUUUGGUCCAUGAAACUGGGCGUAUGGAAUAAAACCAUUCAAUAUUUUGCCCGGAUCAGACAAGCUAUCAGAGGUCCCAGGUAAUACCGGGAGUUUGAGGUUCUUACUCCGUGUAGAUUCAAAUUUCAG